AGAGAGAGAGAGAGGUGAAGCCCACAAGUAUAAAAUACUCGUGUGUUGACAGAGACAUGGGGUCUUCUUCUACCUCUUCUGAGAAAGCAAACACAAACUUGAAAGGUUCAGGAAGGGCUUGUUUGGGUUCACAAACAAGGAAAGAUGGGAAAGUUUUGAAUUUAGGAUCAGAAUAAAGUGCUGUAGAGAAAUACAAGAGAGAGAGAGAGAAGGGAUAUUGAUUUGUGUGUUCUGAGUAGCGUUUUGGUUAAAAAUCUUGAUCUUGAGAAAGCAAAUGAUGGCUGCAGGAAACCCUAACUGGUGGAGCAUGAUCAAUGGCAUGCAUCCACAGUCUCAUCACCAGUUUGUUUACGCCUCUAAUUCUCCCGCCCAGCUUUCUUCUCCACCUGAUAAUCACCAGGAUUUCCCAGUUAGGUCUUGGAGCCAACUGCUUCUGGGUGGAGUGGGAGGUGGUGGUGGUGGUGAAGAAGAAGAAGAAGAAGAGAGAUACGGUACCGGUGCUGGUGCCGGUCUUUUUCAACAACAAAAGAAGUUGGAGAACUGGGAAGACCAAGUCUUGAAUUUGAACCCAUCUUUUGCAAGAACUCCUGUUGUUGAUGUGAAGCAAGAGGACAUUGCUCAUAAAUCCAGCUCCACCUGCCAAAUCAGUUACGCCCAUGUAGAUCAUCAUGAUCAAUUUCAUCAGCCGGCGCCGCCCAAUAGGCCUAAUACCAAUUCUUGGCCAGCUCCUCCUCACCAACAAGUAGUCAUGCCUCAUGUCUCGUCCCCCACCUCUUGUAUCACUAGUUUGAGCACCAACAUCUUGAAUUUCUCCGGUCCCAAGUCCGCCUCCUCGUCCCAACGCAAACAUAAUCAAGAUCAUUCAGCUGAUGAUCAGUGCAAUAGCACGGGUACUGGUGGGGUAUCUAAGAAGGCUAGGGUUCAACAGUCUUCAGCCCAACCAGCUUUGAAGGUGAGAAAGGAAAAGUUAGGGGAUAGAAUUACAGCUCUUCAUCAACUUGUUUCUCCAUUUGGGAAGACUGACACUGCUUCUGUCUUGUCAGAAGCCAUUGGCUACAUUAGAUUCCUUCAAGGUCAAAUUGAGGCACUGAGCUCUCCUUACAUGCGCAAUGCAUCAGGAAGUACAGGACAUCACCAACAUUCUGUAAAUAAGUACCCAUAUUUAUUAGUUCAAGAAAGGAAUUGUUUGUUUCCCGAAGAGACUGGUCAGUUCUUGAAUGAUAUUGGCAUGGAAAGAGGAGCUCCUAAGCAGGAAUCAGAAGGGCGAUCAGGAGCACUGAUGGAUUUGAGAAGUAGAGGUCUAUGCUUAGUUCCCAUCUCUUGCACUCAACACGUCGGCAACGAAAACGGCGCCGAUUACUGGGCUCCGGCGGCUCUUGGUGGCGGGUUUUGAUUUUUCGGUUGAUUCUGGCGGCGGAAAGCUCCUGGCGGGCCGCUCUCCGGCGGUAACAUCAGAAGCAGUCAUCCUCAAAACUAAAGGCUGACUGCUUCUGAUGCUACCUGAAUGCUCAUCAUGGUGUGUGCAUGCAUGUAAUUCUGAUCAUAGGGGGGCGACAAAUUGAAUUAAACAGAUUAUUGGGGGUCUUUCUGUAAUUAACCUAAAUAAUGUGCUAGCUAGCUGAUGAUUAAUGUGCCAUAUAUUCUGUAUAUGCAUGCAUGUUAACAAUUA